AUGGCACCCGUCGCUGUCCCCGUCGAGCCCGUCGCGGCCGCGCCGCUCAAGGCCGCCGCCGCCCAGCCUACCCCCGCCCCCUCGGCCCCCCUCCUCGCCUACGCGCACUUCGACAACACGCCAGCAGUGGGCACCGAGUUCCCGGCGUCGACGCACACGGGCGCUCCUGUGCUGUCGAUCCGCGACAUCCUCGCCGACGACGCCAAGGUCGCCGCCCUGGCCACGCUCAUCGCGGAGCGCGGCGUCGUCUUCUUCCGCAACGCGAUCAUCACCCCCGAGGAGCAGACGCGCCUGAUCGACGCGCUGGGCGUCGCGGGCAUCCGGCCGCCCAACGCAGGCCUGCACAUCCACCCGUGCACGCUCGAAUCUGGGCGAGACGGCGACCACAUCUCGCGCGUGUCCAACCAGUUCGUGUACAACGAGAAGCUCAAGACGAGCCUCAACUCCUCCCUGCUCACCCGCGAGGCCGGCAAGGAGCGCUGGCACACGGACGUGAGCUUCGAGCCCGUGCCCGCGUCCUAUGCGUGCCUCCAGAUCCGCGACCUGCCCCCUACGGGCGGGGACACGCUCUGGGCGAGCGCGUACGAGGCGUACGACCGUCUCUCGCCGCCCGUGCAGGCGCUGCUCGAGGGCCUGACGGCGAUCCACGAGGGCACGCUCUUCCUCGACGUGAACAAGGAGAACGGCGGCCAGACGACGUUCCGCACGAACCGCGGCCACCCGCUCAACUCGAACCAGGACUUGCGGGCCAGUCACCCCGUCAUCCGCACCCACCCGGUCACGGGGUGGAAGGGCCUGUUCGUCAACAAGAUGUUCACGCGCCGCAUCAACGAGGUGACCAAGGAGGAGAGCGACGUGCUGCUUGCGUUCCUGUUCGAGCAUAUCCACGGUAACCACGACCUGCAGGUGCGCUUCAGGUGGGAGGAGAACUCGCUUGCUAUUUGGGACAACCGGUCGACGCUGCACGCCGCCACCCUCGACGUCGACGGCGCGACCAACCGCGAGGGCACGCGCGCCGUCAGCGUCGGCGACGUGCCCGUGUUCGACCCAGCGAGCAAGUCGCGCCGCGAGGCGUUGGGGCUGUUGUAA